CAACCUUAAAGAAGCUAACUACUCCACUUUGGUAUGUCUAUAAGAUAUGAUGCUUAGUAAACCGGAGAAUGCACUUGAAAAGAACUAAAAAAGAUAAACAUGAAAUUCGCCAAAAUCCAAAAGAGGAUGAUCACAAUCAUUCUUCUCUGCCUUUUGGUUACAUCAUCUUCAGAGACUGCUCCACAAACCCAAUUGGCCGCACCACUAGAACCAACAGGAGAACUCACCAAUUCACCAACAAAACCACUAGGUUUUCCAGCUGAGAACCAGAACCAACCAAUUCUUGGUCAACCAUCUUCUGCUUCUUCUGUAAACCAGCCUUUAACCGGAAUAAAUCAGCCAUUAACCGGAUUUAAUCAGCCAUCAUCAACUGGACUCAACCAACCGAUUCUUGGUCAACCAACUUCUUCUUCUUUAAACCAGCCUUUAACCGGGUUUAAUCAGCCAUCAUCAACUGGAUUUAACCAACCAAUUUCUUCUUCAUCUUCUAAUUCUGCUCUCAACCAGCCAUUUGGGAAUCGAAUCAACCAAAACAGUCUCUCCGGAAGCAAUGUUCCAUUUCUUAAUGGAAACCCGAAGCUGGAAGUUUCCAUUACAAAGUUUGUCUUCAUCUGGAUUGCACUUCUCCUUGCUUUGCACGGUACAGACAGGAACUGAACCAAACUUAUACAUCAUGUGGCACUUCUGUAUAAUUUGGUUUCCAUGAUAUUUGUUCUAUAUCUUGUCCUUUUUGCUCAUUUUGGAUUCUACUGAAAUGUUUGUUCUAUAAGAGUGAGUAGUGUGUUAUGUGUACAUUACUACGGAAUGUUUUUUACGUUUUUGUUAUUUGAUCAGUGUUCGGUUUCAUGUCCAGGUGUGGUUCA